AUGGAAGACAAAAUAAAAACUAAAAAUGAAGAAAAUUUAGAAUAUAUAAAAAAAUAUAUUGGAUAUGCUUUGGCUAAAUCACUAUUAAUGACAAUGAAAACAGACAGUGAUAGUAAACUUUAUAAUCCUUUAAUUCUCAUAAGUAAACAUUUGAAGAAUUUUGCCUCUUUUAAUGAACAAAAAAACAAGAAAAAGAAAAUUCUAAUAAAAAAAUUACAUUCUAAUAAUAUAAAAAUACAUGAUGAAAUACAUAAAAAUUUUAGUAAAAAAGUGGUAAAAGAUUUAUAUAAUUUUACUAGCAAUGAAAAGAACAUUGAAUAUGAAAAUUUUACUAUAUUAAUAAAUUUAAUUAAAGAUAUAUUUAAUAUAGAAAAUGCAUAUAUAGGUAAAGUAUACGAAAUAAAAGAUAAUAAAAGAAAUGUAACUACUCUAAAAUUUAUCUAUACCAGUGAAAAUUGUGAUAUAAAAAAUGUAUUAUUGGAUGAAAAAGAAAUUAAUAAUAUCUUCUUAUCUGCUGAACAACAAAAAGAAGACUUCCUCUUUGAGAAAAAUUUUCUUUUUCCAAAUAUCAUAGAAGGGAAAUUUUUCUAUGAAACAUUAAAUUGCAAUUUAUUCCCUAACAUUAACCCUUUAUAUGAAAAUAAAAGUUAUUUAAAUAGAAUACAACAUAAAAAAUUUGCAAAAGAUAAAAAAAUAUUCGAAGAUGAACAUAAUAAUAAAGAAGGUAUUUAUAAAAAUGAUGAUUUAGAAGAUCGUCGAUCUGAGAGUAACAUUAGAGAAGGAAAUGAAAAGUAUAAUGAAAAUAAAGAAAAAGAUAAUGAAAAUGGCGAAGAUGAUGAAGAUGAUGAAAAUGAUAAAGAUGAAAAAAAUAAAAGUGAAAAUGAAAAUGAUGAAGAUGAAGAUGAAGAUGAAGAUGAAGACGACGAAGAUGAAGACGAAAAAGAUGAUGGAAAUAAAAAAGAUGCAAAUAAAAAUGAUGAAGAAUGUAAAAAAGAUGAAGUUAAUGAAAACGAUGAAGAUAAUGAAAAUAAGAGUAAUAAUAAAGAUAAUGACCAUGAAUAUGAUAAUGAAAAUGGUGAAAUUAAUGAAAAUGAAAAUGAUGAGAAUGAUCAAAAAGAAGUAAUGGAUAGAUAUGAGGAAAAAGAAAUAAAAUUUGGAAAUGAAAAAGAAAAUUAUGAAAACUAUUUACUUGAAAUUCUAAAUUUGAAUCUCACAUAUAAGUGUAUAUAUAUUUAUGAAAUAAUGGAAAGACCAGAUAUAUUUUUAUAUUCUUAUAUGAAGCCUGGAGACUUUUUUUGCAUUCCUAUAAUUUAUUAUACUUUCUACAAUUUUCAUUUUUUGAGUAAAUUAUACUCAUUUAAAAAAUGCCUUUUUUUUAAUUCGAAGUACAUAGAUAAUCAAAAUUGCAAAGAUAAUUCUUUAAAUGAAUAUAACAAAAACAAAGAGUUAUUUUCAAAGAAUAAAAAUGAUGAUAAAAUGUUAGACGAAGACAAUCAAAAAGAUAUAGAAAAAAAAAAUGAAAAAUUGAAGGAAAAAAUAACUAUUGAAGAAAGAAAAAAAUGGAUAAGACCAAAAUUUGAUUUUAAAAAUGGAAAAAAAAUAGAAAUUUGUCUAUGCUUAGAUAACAGAGGAAGUAUAAAUAAGAUAAAUAAAAAUCAAAUUAAUAAUCUUAUAAAUUUUUCUUAUUUUCUAAUUACUCGGAUUUUUUUAUCUGAGAAAAAAUGCAUUGAAGAACAAGUUGACUAUAUGAUUGAAUGUGAAUAUGGAAAAGAAAAAAUUCUCAUAGAAAAGUUACAUAGCAAAAUGGAAGACAAUAAUUAUGAAUAUAUUAUAAAUAAAUAUAAAAAUAAAUUAACAGAUCAUUAUUAUUUUAACAAAUCACACGAUUUAAUUAAAUAUAUUUGCAUACUCCUUUGGAUACAAACAAAAAUUUUAAAACAUCAACAAAAAAUUUUUGAUAUUAGAAAAAUAAAGAUUGAAUGUAACAAAACAUUUUUAAUGGCUUUAUUUAGUUGCUAUAUAAUACUAGAAUAUGAUUAUUCUUAUUUUGCAUUUUCAAAUGAUAUACUGGAUUAUGAAUGGAGAAAAUUAAUUUUACAUAUAAAUCAGAAAUUUCUAGAUAAACUAAUAUCAUUUAAUCCCAUUAUAUUUUUUCAAGGUUAUUAUACAAAUAAUUUAUAG